AUUGGGUGGAAGAUUAUUAGUUGCUCACUGCAAAGCAUAGAUAUACAAACCUUUCUGUAAGAUUACAUGUUACUAGAUUUUUCCUCCAGUAUUUACCGUUACUCUGUCAAUGUAGAUGAUAAAUGAAAUGCUCCAUGUAGUCUUUCUUAAGUGUAUUCAACGUGCAUCUUGUUUACUCACAGAACCAGAUCGUCGAAUGGAAGAAAUCUUGAAGACAACGGCCACAGAAAGAGACAGGAAGCACCAUGAUUAUGCCUUUGAUCCAGAUUAUCAUUCAGACGAGAUGAGGAAAAUACAGAUGAAAAGUUCUUCAACAAAGAAUAUUAGAAAGGUAAGAUGUUUGAGAUCAAGGUGUAUGUCUAAGGUGAAGAGCAAGUUAACUUCCUGUUACGUUUACUUAAAUCUACAAUAUUUCGGUUAAACUACUCAUGAACACACUCUGGGAAUUCCCUA